AUGUUUAGGACACAACUUAAAUUAGAAGAAGGGGAAAGACUAAACAUUGAGACAGAAAAUACUUUCAGGAUCUCGUUUGCUAAAGAGAUUGAGGGUUAUUUAAAUAAUAAACGUUGUUUAUAUGAGGCUGAAGGUAGACGAGAAUAUCUUCCAUUAGUAGAUCAAGCUCUUAAUUUAAUAAAGAAUAUGAGAAAUUCUACUACGGCAGAGCCAGCUCAGAGUACUACAUUCGACCGACCUUCAGAGAAGAUGUAUCAUUAUGCUGAGGGUGAAGCAAUUGAUUGUGCUAUAUGCAUUGAACAUGUAGAGGCUAAUCAUGCUCAAGUUAGACUGUCAUGUGACUAUAAAUGUCCUUAUUGCCGAAUCGAAGUAGACAAAUUUGCGAAACAACCAAGGAUUUGGGAACAUCCUGUGCAUGGACCACAGCAACCACAGAAUCAAAUUGAUACAAAUGAUAUGCCACACCCAGGCGAAUUGGAUUUUGCAAAUUUUCAACGCGGUAUAUAUUUGAUAAUAUUAGACAAUAUCGAUUCACCGUCUGAAAUUGAUGAUGAAAUUUAUGAAACACAUUAUGUUGAAAGUAAUGAUUCUGACAGUUCCGAUGAUUCAGAUGAAUCCGAGGAUGAUCACGAAUAUGAUCGUGGAACCGGCAAUACCUUCGGUCCACCACGUAAUCCAUAUUAUAGCAGCUCAAAUGAAACAUUAACUUCGUCAGGAAGACGAACUUAUCCAAGAGGAGCAACGCAUACUGAUUCAAUAAGGUCACGAUCAAUAACGCGUAAUCGUCCCCACCCUGAAUCUAUGAGUGGUUCAGCAUUUCGAAGGUUAGAUAAUCUUCAUUCAUCUCGACCCCCAAGUUUUUCUAGAGAUAUUACUCCAAGAUCUGAAGUUAACGAAAUGUCUAGGUAUCGAAAUGAUAAUUAUUAUCCACAAAGAUCUGAUUUCAAUGAUAUGCCUAGAUUUCAUGAUCAAGACACUUUUAGACAUGUUAAUUCAAAUAAUGAAAGUUCCAUAUAUAAUGAUCACUUAAAUAAUGUUUCAUCGAGUAAUUUAUCUACUAGUAAUCAAAACAACGAACAAAUAUAUAAUAAUGCAAACAAUGGUCAUCAUUUUUUAAAUACGCUUCCACAAGCUAUUAUUAAUGCAUCACAAUCGUCAACAACGUCAUCAAAUUAUCAUAAUUCGAAUCCUUAUAGAACCCCAACAGAUUCUGAAUUCGAAUUUUCAAAUGCCUUAUACAGACACGCUUCGACAACGUCCCGAUUAAGAAAUAUGUAUCAAGAUGAUUCUACAGCAGACGAUUUGAUGGACGACGAAUCAAUAAGUUCAUCAUCGUCGUCUGAGGAGGAUUCGGACGAUGACCAAGACGAAGACGAAUCGAUGUUCACUGGUUCGUUCAAUUGGGAUGCGAGCAACAACAUGGACACAUCUGAUGAUUCUGAUAGCGAGGGUGAAGGCUACAGACAAAGUUUUUCCCGUCGUUCUUCAUCGUCUUCUGCAUCACCUGUCUUCUCUUCGUCGGACGAAGAUGAGAAUGAUAACGAGUCAGUCGUGACCACUUCCACAAGCAAUUCUAGGCCUGAAAUAAAUCAGCAAUGGUAUAAACCAUGGUCUUGGUACAAUCAAAGUGAUUCGCUGGCCUUGGCUACUUCUAAUGCUUCUACAAUCGCAGCACCUGAUAGUGAUUCUACGAUUAGUAGUGGUGAUGAUUUUGAAUAA